AUGAUUUAUUGUCGGGUUUACAUGGAUGUAUAAAUUCUGCAAAAUUCGCUUCGUUUUAGUUGUCAAUCAGCAAAGGUACUUCAACUUCUAGUAUUGAAGAAGAACUUUGAAAGAUUACACGGUUUAUAGGCAGAGAUAGUGAAAUAAUCAUGUAUUAUUUAGCAGCCAUCUUUCUGAUGUCCUGUUUAGCUUUAGGCUCGGCCCAGGAUAAAAAAUUCAAGCCCACCGCAUUCUGUGCCCCCAACGCCGAACAAGCUGAUCCAACCAGCAAAUGUUACUGUAAGCCUGGCUUCAAAGGCGACGGUGACCUGUGUUGUGGCCCUAAAGAUGAAGGCGUGUGUAUUCUCCGUUAUGACCCGAUUCUAAGGCCCGUGGACGGCAAGAAAACAUGGGUGCACUACCCCUGUACACACAGCGUUGCCACGGUAACGAAGACUGUCAACAAUCUGGCGUGCGAGAUCAAAGUCUACACAGCCGUCAACUACACUAACUUCGGCACCCAAUACGAUGAUCGUCUGUCUGUAUCCAUUCAAAUAGGCAAGGAAACUUACUACUUUCAAAUUUCUAACGGAAUAGUUACCGACCUGCCGAACCACGCCAGACUUGCCCUAAGCAGAGCUGGAGACUUGUCCACCUAUGUCAAGAAAUCAAGCGAGGGCGUUGAGGAAUUUGGUCUGCUCUACAACACAGUUCAGAAAAGAUGGCGAAUCACAGCAUGUGGUGGAGAGGUGGUUUUCAGAGAGCCUUUCAAUGACGGCGUCUUGGUUCAGGAGAAAUCCCCAGGGAUCUGUGUGAUUGCUCCCCCUGAGGAUAUUGUUGGCUCAGUGGACAGCGGCAACAUCUGCAACCUGAACGGCAAGUACCUGGUCGCCCCCUACACCUCCACCACCUCCAAGCUGCUGGCUGACAUCGUCCUGGGCUACAAGAACAUCCCGGCUGUGGUCAACCUGGACCCCCUGCCCAUACGACAGACCUGCACCGACCUGGCCGCCGUGUUCCAAGCCUGCAGUGAGGACAAGAGGGUCGAGGCCCUGGACAAGUGCUCGGCCCUCAUCUCCAGCCACAGGGAGCGGAAGUGUUUCUAUGACAACCACGGCGCCGACAUCACCAAGGGGUUCAAGGACUGCGUCAGUGUCGUCUGCAACAAGGACCAGGACGCCUGUUCCCGCUUGGAGUCAAGCCCAGCAGUAAAAAAUUGUCUGAACAAUCUCUCCGCCUGCCGUCAAUGGCUGUAGUCACGUGAUUGAGGCGUCGCACGUGGUACUCUCCACACCAACCACACGUCAACAAAUUUUAACACUAGAAAAAUGUUGUUAGAAUAAUUGAUUUCAUUUUAUUUUAAAGACCCAAUUAAAAUGUAGGAUGGUUGAUUAAAACUAAAUUUUAAAAUAUUGGCACAAAGCAAAUAGAAAUUAUGUGAUAAAAUAUUAUCAAUUAUCAAAUUGAUUUUAAAUUACAAUAAAAGACGUGUAGGAAUUUAAAUUUG